UGCCACUUCUACUAAAAGAAGUGUAUCGUCUCCGCACUUGUAUCGGUAUCUCUAUUAACAGAAAGAUGUUUUAUCGCAUCAAAGGAAAGCCUAUGGGUUUGGUCAUUUCAGCUCUCUCUACCUUUCAGUCGCACUCUCGCUUUUAUUAUUAUAUCCAACACUCUUCUUCAUCGAAUUAUUUCUACAAGCAGAAGCUGCCAUACUAUCGUCAUGGUGCUCGCCUUUUUACAGGCAACAAGACCUGUACUUAGGUAGGUACCCAUCGGAGUGUUGCACAUGUUGUGCAGCAUAUCUCGAAUAAGACUCGUCACCUCAGCUCCUCAAAGGGAUCAUCACAGGUCGUCAGCAGUGAAAACAACCCCCUUUCCUAAUCAUGGAGUCCUGAGAGGACUUCCAGGUAGACCUCAGCACAGCGUUUGAGCGUCAUCAUCGGUCAAUUUUUGUAAAGAACAGAUACUACAUGAUGGGCACUUGCCCUUUGAGCUAUGUCCUAAUCACAACGAAGGGGGGAGACCGGCAAAUUUAUACGUGUGCCCUGAUGCUACCUUACGUACCCCUAUCCACUACCUACAUGUUAGAGUUUGAUAAAGCACAAAGCGCAAUAAAAGUCUCUCUGCGCCACAAACAGAAACGCGUAACUGUUGUAGCUUACUCCGUAAUAGGUCAUAUGGCGCGCCGUGAGAAAAUAUCAGCCAGCCACCUCGGCCGUAACAUCCUGAGGCUAUCGCCACCAAUCAGGACGACAUGAUCACUCGAAACUUCUCUCGAAUGUUGAUUCAUUCAUGGAAAGUACGUUUGAAAGGGCGGUAGAAUUAUUUA